GGACAUUAUACUGAUCUUAUUAUGACAUCAGAGUAAACCACGCAGCAGCAAACUCUCCUACAAAGGAAGGAAGUUGGGUUUAACUGCUGUGACCAAACUAAGUUGUUCUCACAUCACCGAGAGGCAGAAUGGACCAAACAUCUCUUCAGUGUCUGCUCUUUCUGAUCUCACUGCUGUGCUGCACAACAAACCAAGCCUCUCUGACUGUGAGUCCCAGCAGCUCUCAGAUGUUUAAAGGAGAUUCUGUCUCUCUGAGCUGUGAGGAGGAUGACAGCUCUGCUGGAUGGACGCUGAGGAGGAACACAACCAGAGAAACCAGAGCUGAGUGUGGAGCUGACUGGGGAAAAUCAGCUGGUUCCUCCUGUAACGUCGGCUACAUGGUCCCAUUGGACAGUGGAGUUUACUGGUGUGAGUCCAGAGAGGGAGCAACCAGUAACAGCAUCAACAUCACUGUCACUGGUGGAUCAGUGAUCCUGCAGAGUCCUGUCCUCCCUGUGAUGGAGGGAGAUGAUGUCACUCUGCACUGUAAAACAAAGACCUCCAACCUCCCAGCUGAUUUCUAUAAAGAUGGCUCCCUCAUCAGGACUGAGCCUGCAGGUCACAUGACCAUCCACCAUGUUUCCAAGUCUGAUGAAGGCCUCUACAAGUGUAACAUCAGCAGUCAUGGAGAGUCUCCAUCCAGCUGGAUCACUGUCACAGAGAAACUCACCUCCACCUCUCCUCCCAUUGUGUUGUCUGUUCCAUCUGUCUGUGGUCUGGUUUUACUGAUGUUACUGGUUCUCCUUGUGAUACUGGUUCUGCUGGUGAGACGAAGUGUUCGGAGAAAACCUAAAGCUGCUGAAUUGGAAGUUGGAGAAAAUGACAUCACAGAUGACAUCACAUACAGUGACAUCAAAGUAUUGUGUCACCAACCACAGCCAACCAGACGGAGUAGAGAGAGUGAUCCUGAUGCAGUUUACUCAGCAGUGAAAAGAACAGACGUCAGUUAUGGACAAAUAGUCGUCAAAUCAAACAGGAUGAGAGAGAGUGAUCCAGCAGCAGUUUACUCAGCAGUGAGAAGAACAGAGACGAGAGCGUGUCCAUCAGACCCAGAGGUUAUCUACUCUUCACUGAGGAAGACCUCCACACCUUCACACCAGUCCAACCACUGAUGUCCAGCUGGCCUGUUACUGGUCUCCAGAGCCCCUCAGGCAGUAGUACAUUCAUUUUUCAUACAUAUUUUAUAUAUUUCAUGUUGUUCUCUCUAAAUUAGACUCAUGCAGCAACAGAAAGACAAACAACAGAUUCAUUUUCAGAUGUGUUUUUAGUGA